UUUUUCAUCCAAAUUGCACGGGCGGAGUUACACAUUCAAUGUGAGUCGGUCUCUCUGGACCGAAGCAUCGCUCGUCUCCUUCCGCCGGUGCCGCUCUUCUUUGCGCUGCACACCAGUCUAAUCAUCGCCGGGAGGAACAUGUCGCCGUGCAGGCUGUGGAAAGAGAGCCUGGCUCUGGCCGAGGACUACAUAGACCUGUGCUGCACGGCGGACCCCGGCGCGGCCCCGCCGCCUCCCGGCGAGGCGGCCGCCACCAUGAGGCGCGUGGGACGGCACGCCGAGUCCCUCAACGAGGCGUCCUUCCACAGCCUGGCGCAGACCUUCCUCCGGAGUUGCGGGCCCGACCUGAGCUAUUCCUUCCGGAGAGUGAUGGAGGAGAUGGUGAGCGAUGGACUUUUGAAUUGGGGGAGAGUAGUAUCGCUCUUCGCCUUCACGGGCGUGCUGGCCAGGAUGCUGAGGGAGCAACGCGAGAAGGCUCCCAGUGACGCCACUAAGACGAAGGGGCUGGACCUCGACACGUGGCCACAGAUUUGCAGGAAGCUGGCAGAAACCAUCGCGGACUUUCUCGGGGAAGAGAAGAAGGAGUGGAUGCUGGAAAACAAUGGCUGGGAGGGUUUUUGCAAGUGGUGCGUCAGACAUUCCGGUCAGGACUUGUCAAUGAAGACGGCGCUGCUGGCCGCGGCCGGCGUGGGCUUGGCCGGACUGACCUUCCUGCUGGGCCGCUAACCGGCUGCAUUCAUCCCGAAUCCCCAUCCGUCCAUUUUCUUUUUCAGUCUUACAUCAACUCGGGCCGUACGGCCGAAUGUUUUCACGCACACACGCGCGCCCACUGGCGCUGGUUUUUGGUUCCACGUGAUUGUACAAAACCCAUCUGGAUGCCUUCUUCACACACGUCAACGCGACCGCCUGGUUUUGCUGUGACGUGUAAAUUAAUAUAUUAUAUUUAUAUCAAAUGAAACCCUUUUUUUCUAGACUGACCUGUAAUCUUUUGGCUGGUUUGGUUUUGAAAGUGUUUGAUUUUGCGUGUUUGUUGGGCCCAGUCAGCAGAGCUGACGUGGCCAGUUAUCAACGGUGCUAAUUGUUUUUGAAAUGUCAACUCUUACUGUUUUUUUUGUUUGUUUUUUUAAAUGCCAGGGACCAAUGAAUUUUCAGAACUAGAACCUGACAACCUAUUUUUACAUUGAUUUGCUUGUAUUUAUUUGUCACCCUUUUUGUAAUAAAAAGUCAAGAGUUUGUGUUGUCAUGGUACAGUAAAUCCCAG